ACACAUCUGCCUGUAUGUUUUUGUGUUUUGUUUUUUUCCAACUCGGAUAUGACGAUGAGUAGAAAGAAUUCUCUCUAGCACUACGAGAGUGUAUGUUUAAGCAUUUCAUUUUCAGUUAUGUUCUUGCUUUCGGUUUAAUUACACACAUUUUGUUAAGUUUGCUGGCUGAAACUACGUCAAAAAUUUGCUUAUUUUUCUUUAACAAAAUAUACUUUUAUAAUUUUCUUUACAACAAAAAAAAAAAAAAAACAAGAGAAAUAUACUGAAUUAUAAAUAAAUAAAAAAAAGAUUAAACAGAUGCCAAAUAUACAAGAAGAAUAAAAACAAAAACAAAACAACAACAAAAAAGCUUCUUAUAAAUUGUGUUUAAUAUUGAAAAAAAACGAAUUUUGAUAAACAAAAAUAUUCAAAGAAAAAUUUUAAGAAAUUUUCAAUAAAAGUGCGAGUAUUAAAAAAGAUUUAACAGUGAACAUAUACAAUUUUAUAACAAAAAAAAAUUAUAAUUAAAAUUUCUUGAGUUGAGUGUUUGAUUUCAAGGCGCCUUUUUAUUAACUUUGCUAAUAAUAAUUUAUUAAAUUGCGUUGCAUAUAUAGUUUUUGCGGAAGCUGUUUUAAGAAAAAAAUUUUAUAACAAAAUUUGUUUAAAAAAAAAGUUUUAAUAAAAAGUAUCGCAGUGUUUUUUUUGAAAGUGCAAAAAAUUGUUCUUUAACAAAUUUGAAUUUAUUACAAAAUAAAUUCUAGUGUUUUAAUUUAUAUUAAUUGAACUUUUAUUAAUAAUGUGUGUGGCAGCAGCAUACACAUAAAGCACACCAACAGAGUUUAUCAUCAUCAUCAUCAUCCUCAUCUUUAUCAUCUCAUCAACACCCUCUCCUCUCGCUCUUACUCACUACAAUAUUACUCUCUCUACACUUAAACAAAUAACUGUGUUGAAUUAUCAAAACAAAAAAAUAAUAAAUGUACAAGGAUUUUUGCUUUAAACAAAGAUCAAACAAAAACAACCACAAUUAGUGAACGAAACACACACAAAAACUACAAGGAACCAACACAGCAACGAUCAAAUAAAUGAUCCCUUAACAGCAAUACUACAUGGUUUUAUUUGAAUCCAAACGGCAAAUGCCUGUGGCAAACACGCUACACACCGGACUCACUCAUCGUUUUUUUUUUCUGUUUUAAUGCUGCGUGUGUGAUCAAAAUUUUUUAAGUGACUCAUGCUGCUGCAUCAUCAUAUGCCUGCAACAACGCAACAACUUAAUUUAAUUAGAUUGAAAUAUAAAAUUCAAACUGAAAUUUCAAAAAAACGCAAAAGAAGAAAAUAAUAAAAAACAAACAGCAAAAACAUAUCACAAAUGAAAUCAUUCAUUUAAAAUAUACAAAAAAAAAAAGGAAACAAAACAACAAAUUCAAUUUCAAUAUUAAUGAAAGCGAAAAAAAAGCAAUUGAAACCAAAGAUUUAAAACUACAACAAGACAACAAAAUAAAAGAAACCAAAGAGUCUGAAAAUUUAAAAAAAGAAAUAUUGAAAAUAUUUAAAUUAGCUUCCACCAAAAAAAAAAAACAAUCAAAAUAAUUUUGAUUAUCUUAAUAAGUAGAUUAAUAUUUAUAAUUAAUGCCUUAAAUAUGUCGGGUAUAUUUCGUAGUAAUUCAACCUCGAAUCAUACCAAUGAUUCAACGCCCAAUAAACGUUUUUCUUUCAGUGCAUUUUGCACUAGCCCGGGUACUUUGCAAGAUGUAACAAUGGAAAAUCCCUAUGGCGUUGGUUAUCGUUCGCCUUGCGUCAGCCUACAACCCUAUCAGGGUUCCACUUCACCCGCCGCCCAAGGUCGUUCUGUACGCGAGUUCGAAGAACAAAUGGCCACUUUGCGCAAAGAAAAUUUCAACUUGAAAUUGCGUCUCUAUUUCAUCGAAGAAAGUAUACCCGGUUACAAGCAGGCCAACAGCUCUUCCGAGGACACUCUGAUGAAACAACUCAUUGACACCAAAGUGGAAAUGGAGAUAUUACGCAAAGAAGUACAAGAGAAACAGGAUAUACUCAAAGAUGCCGCACAGGCCAUGAAUCAAAUGGAGAAAAUACAAAAAGAAUCUGAAACAAAAUACCAGCAUGUAGUGGAGGAUUUAAAUCAAAAAAUACAAUAUAUGGAAAUGGAACGGGAUAUGGAUAAGUCACGCAUUAACAAUAGCUGUACGGGGGGUGUGGCAGAGUUUCGUGAUUUAAUGGAACACUCAGAUAUAGAGGAAAAUCUAAAUGCCUUGCAAAAAAUACAUGAAUUGGAGGGUUUGCUUAAACAUUCCGAUGACAAACUCUUGGAUUUCCAACAACAAAUCUAUAGCUUAGAAGAGCUUUUAGUGAAACGUGACGAAACCAUUAAGGAGUAUGAGGAAAAGGUUAAAGAACUUGUCUUCCAAAAUGCUGAACUUUUAGAAACCAUUGAGAACAAGGAUAAAGAAAUUGCUAAUAAUGAGCGUUUUUUAAGAGGUCUACGCUCUAAGAAUGCUGAUCUUAAAGCUGAUAAUGACAAACUUAUGGUCGCCUUUAAACAUACUCAAGACAAUUUCUGCAAAGAAAUGUCGAAUAUGCAAAUGUAUGAGCGGCAAAUGCGUGAUCAACAAGAUGUUUUAUCGAGAAUGCAAGCUCAACAGCUACGCGAAGAAUUACAAAAACUUAAAAUGGAUACGGCCGACAAAAGUUGCAUGAUCCAGGAUUUAGAGGAGAAGCUACAAAAUCGCGAUCAACUUUAUGAUAAGGCCCGUCUAACCAUACAGAAACUAAUGCUAAGCAUUAAAAAUCAACAAGUCGAAAAUAGUCGCUUGAAAAAUACCACACAGGCAUCGAAUGUCUCGAAUAACGAUAAAGAGCAUCACACGGUCACCGGCAUCAGUGGCUUGGAAUGCACCGGCUUUUGUCGUUCCUUCAGUGAUACAGAGGCUCUAAAUGAUUUGACAUCAUUGCAAAAACAAAAAUAUGACAACAUAAUCGAACAACAAGAGGCCACAAUUAAAAAUCUUAAAGUCGAAGUAAAAAAGAAAACUGCUGAUUUGCAGAAUCUUGUUAACAGAGAACUUUGGGAGAAAAAUCGUGAAAUUGAACGUCUCAAUAAAAUCCUCAACAAAUCCACCGCCUCUCCUGUUUCACCUCAGACCACAACACACAACACCAGUCAAGCAGACACUGCCGGCGAGUUACAGCAAUCCUUUUCUGAUGUGGAAUAUACAAAGGCCUUGCAACGCAAUAAACUAUUGCAACGUAAGGUGGACAUUUUGAUACAACGCUUGGGUACCGAACGACAACAUGAUGCUAUGAUAGCCCAGCUGCAGACAGAACUAAAACAGGCCCGUUCAGAUGCUGAAACAGCAGAGAAAUGGCGUCGCCAAUGUGCCGACCUUUGUGCCACUUUAUCUACCCGCCUAGAAGAAUUGGCUGGUUUCCUUAAUUCUCUACUCAAACACAAAGAUGUUUUGGGUGUUUUGGCGGUGGAAAAGCGCAAAGCCAUGCGUCGCGCUGUGGAUCGUAGCUUGGAUUUGUCCAAGAGUCUAAAUAUGACUCUGUCUGUAUCAGGUCUAUCCAUGAUCGAUCAAAGUCUGGCCGAGUUACACAAUCUUUCGGAUAUUUUGGGUGAUUUGGAUAUAGAUGUGGAAAAUAAGACAUUCAAUUCCCAUGAAGACAUACGUGCGCAAUCUAUUGAAACUCUAAAGGCUGAAAAUAAAGCCCUUAAAAAGGAAUUGGACAAACGCCGCAGUGCGGAUUCCAAAAAAGAAAGACGUUCUUUGCCCUUGCCCAUGAUGGCUGAGAAUAGAGAAAGUGAAUCGGAGGCUUGGUCAGAGCCCGAUCGUAAAGUUUCCUUGGCACGCAUAGGCCUAGAAGAUCAUUCGGCCUCAUUAAUGGCUAAAGAACCGGCUUUAUUAGCGGUGCAGCAUAAUGAAACCGACAGUGACUACAGUGAAUCAAAUAGCCGCUCAUUUAAGGCCCGCAGCCAAGAACGCAUUGCACAGUUGGAGCAACAGAUACAACAACGUGAUAAUCGCAUACUAGAAAUCCAAUGCCAGCUGGUAGAUGCCGAUAAUCGUUUGAAAAAGGAAAACCUGAAAGUAUUAGAAGUCAGUCAAGAACUAGAGCAAUUAAAGCAGCGCAAUGAAGAAUUGCACAGUGAUCUAAUAAACAUAGGCUCUCAGGAAACCGGUAAUGCACACAAUGAAUCUUUGCUGUUAAGGCAAAUCGAGGACAAAUCACGUUCUUUGGAGAAACUACAAGAAGAACGUGAACGUUUAUUGGUGGAAUCCAGAUUAGCUGAAAUGCAAAUCAAUUCCCUAAAGGCAGACAUGGAAAUUGUCAAACAAACCUACGAAGAAGCUCUACAGCAGGCAGCCGAGCGAGAGCAGCAGCAAUUAAACUCGCUCAAACAAGAAAUGCAGCAGGCAUUGCAACAAGCUCUCUCUGCCAAAGAACAAGAGUAUGAAGAAUGUCUACAAAAAGAUUAUAUAGCCAAGAGUCUGUUUAAUGACUACACACAACAAUUAAGCGAUUUGCAAAAACAAUUUAUAGAAUCCCAGAGAACUAUUGAAUGUUUGCAGGAAAAUGAGCAGGAACUUAAGCAAACCCUGGUUGAAACAGAGCUCAGCUCACGUAAUCUACAAAAGCAAAUCGAUGAAAGCACCUUAAGAGCCUCCAAGGCAGCCAUGGAACGGGUAAAGGCUUUAAAUGAGAAACUACAAUUGGAGAAACGUGUAGAACAAUUAUCGUUAGAGUUAAACAAACACGUGGAACAACGUUCGCAAAUGCAGCAACAAAUUGAACAUUUGGAACAAGAACAGCAGACACUACUUGAACGUUUGACAGCGCUGCAAAUAAAACAACGUUUGGCUAAGAAUGACGAUAUUGCCUGUCAAUCCGGUUACACUUCCGAAGAAGUUCCACUGCCUCAUUCCUCAAAUAUUGUGGCUCAACAGCGUUUGGGUGAACAGCGUAUACAGAAUUCCUCACCCGAUUUGGGUAUCGAAAGUGAUGCGGGUCGUGUUAGCAGUGUGGAAUUGAAUAGUGUACAACGUCCUCAAUUGAAGACGGUGGAAAUGAGUCCGUCCCCGAAACAUAGCAGCAACGAAUCGGAUGAUAAAGAGGGUCUCCAUGACAGCAGUACUGAAAACAUUAAGCCUUCCAAUGCCACAGAUGCCAAUGGACAACAGCAACAACAACAGCAGCAGCUGGCGAAGAAACACGACUGUCUCAAGGUAGAACAAGAAAACGCUGAAUUGCGUCGCAAAUUAUUACGCACCAAACGUGCCUUUGAAGACACUUAUGAAAAACUGCGCAAUGCUAAUCAACGCAAGGCACAAAUCGAAAAAGACAUUAAAAAUCAAAUACUCAAAACUCACAAUGUCCUUAAAAACGUACGUUCCAAUAUGGAAAAUGAAUUGUAACGUACGUUUAAAUAAAACUGAAAUCAUCCUAAUAAUCAUUAAACCAACACUCAUAAUCAAUUGGCACAGUAAAACAUUUCAUACAGAAACUAAUACACAAGAUGUUGCACCUGUUACACACUUGAAAGACACCUCUUUUUUUUUCUUUUUAAAUUUUGAAUUGUUUAACAACUAUUAUUCAUAUAUAUUUGUUUAAUUAAUUAUUAUUAUAAUUUUGGCAGGGAACCUUAAUAUUUUAAAAUGGUUAAGGAGGUAAGGUCCUGAAAGUAAGAGACUUAUAUGGUAGUUGAUUAAUUUUGUAAUAACCUGUUAAAAACUUCCUUAAUUGUGGUUAAUUUAUUAAUGUUUCUGGGCAAAAAAAAAACUCUAGUUUUAUUUGAUUAAUUAAUUAUGUUGUUUGUGUAAUUAAUAGAAUUUAUCUGCAUUUUUAUUUUGUUUUAAUAAUAAUUUUUAAAUUUAGUUUGUAAAUUAUUUUAUUCUAAGUCUGAAAUCAUAUAACGAUACGACCAAGCAUCUAACUAAAACCCAAGACUAAACUAAUUGCAACAGUCAAACUAUAAUUGACUUAAAACAAAGACUUUUUCCAUAAACAAAGUCUGAGUUUAAAGAACCCACCCCUCAAAAACAAACUCUUUUUUUUUAAAUCAUAGCCAUAUUAAUUUUAACUUAUUUAAUUAAUUAUUUUAACUACUUAAUUUAUUCUUUAAUAUUUAACAGAUAACUGUGUCUCUUGUCUUGUAAUUUAUCAUUUCAAUGUAUCUUUUUUUUAAUAAUUUUAAUAUAAAACUAAACCUUAAACCCAACUAAAUCAUUCAUAUUGAAUGAAACUAAUGUUUUAUUUCUUAAAUUUUCCUUAAUUUUUUUAUUUUAUUUCUAUAUAUCUUUAUUUUUUUAAUAUUUGCCUGCUGCUGUUUAAUAUUCUUUCUAGACCGCUUCCUGCUUUCAAGAAGAUAUUGAAGUUAUGCUGUGAAAUAUAAGCAAUUUGUCCCAAGUUUUCAAAAAUUUUUUUUAAAAAAAAUUCCAAAAAUAUUAAAACAUCUACUCUACACCUUCUCUUUACUUGCUUGUGUUCUUUUUUUAUUUUAACGAUUAUAUAUUUUUUUAACGAUUUUCGAACGAUUAACUAAUUUCAAACAAAAAAUUUUAAUUUUACACUAAAAACUUGUAUUUAUGUAAAAUUGUAAAAAAAGAAAAUGUACAACUAACAAAACAAUUGAAAACAAUUUAAAUAACCUCUAUGUAUAUAACUUUAGUUUAGUUUUUAGUUUUUUAAAUAAAUUUAAAAAAAAACCUUUUAACAAAAAAUAUUAAAUAAUAAUAAUUUAGUUAAGUAAUUUUGUUGUUAAGCUUAAUAAUACGAUUUAAAUUAUUUUAUAUACGAACAUUCAAAAAAAAUGUAAAGUAAAACACAAACCCCCUCAAAACAAUUGUAUUGAAAAUAAAUUUAAAAAAUAAAACAAAACAAAUCUAAUAAAACGAAACAAAAUGUUAUUAAAAAAAUAAAAUUUUAAA